CGUGACAUAACCAGAAAAUGUGUACUGUUUGUAAACAUAUUUAUUUCAAGAAAUUACAUACAUCAAUAUACACUCUUUCAUAAAAAAAAAAAAUACAAUCCUUUACUAAUGCAUGAGUCAGAUUUUGAUCCUUAAGUAAAAAAUAUCCAGCUGAAAAAUACCUUUUCAUCCAAACUGGUGCAGAAGUUUGCAUUAAUAAUGAUACAGAAAAGAAGUUGAGGUUUGGUUGCUUUCAGUCAUGCAUGGAUCAUGAAGAAUGAAGAACGGUCAGGAAUGUCAGAUGUGAAUUAUGCAUAUCAACGACAAACAUGUCCACAGUUUUCCAACUAAAGGGGAAUUACUUGUUACUGAAGUAACAUUAUAACCAUUAUGUCAAUACUAACAAGUGGCAUAUGAAUAUGCACUUUCACAACCAAACUGUCAGUUCAGCAAGUAGUGUGUUGAUGAGACCAACAUGUCUAACUCUCCAAACUCUGUUUUGCAGACCGACAGGAAAUCCAAGGACACGAUCUGCCCCACCCCCCCACCCCUCCCCCUCCCCUCCCAUCUACGUGGUCUUUGACAGCAGCAAACAAUUCUGCUCUGGCUUGCUCUCUCUUGAUAUAAUCCCUAUGUGAGAAGUGUCAACCUGUACUGCUGUCUGUCUGUCACAUGUCCAACUAUAUCUGAGGGUAUCUGAGGGUACCCCAUCAGAAGUAGGAAGACAUAUCCAGCUCCCUGAGGGCUCCUCUGGGUGCAUUUGUCAAUGGAUACCUUGGGAAUGGUGGACGACGGCCGCCUGUCACCAGACAACUACCAUGACAUGCUGAAGGGAGGGGGGUCUAGCGGAGGAGGCCGGGUCCACAGCAUCGAUGUGAUCUUGGGCUUCAGCAAGGACCAGGACCCCCUGCUGACCCCAGUGGGGGUCCAUAAUGUGGCCACUGAGUGCCUGGAGGACCACCAGGGGAAGCAGGUCCAGUCAGACCCCUACGGACACCUGGCCAGCCUGGGGGACAGCACACAGCACUCUGCCUUCCAGGAGUCAGGUAUUUUCUCCAGUGAUAAGUGUGAUGGACAUCUCGGGGACCUCCAGAAGGGGUUGGACAGCGACAGGGGGAAGUUACCUGAGCCUCUAGAGGAAGAUCACCCUAAGAAGAAGCACCGGCGUAACCGCACCACCUUCACCACCUACCAGCUCCAUGAGCUGGAGCGGGCCUUCGAGAAGUCCCAUUACCCUGACGUCUACAGCAGAGAGGAACUGGCCAUGAAGGUUAACCUCCCAGAGGUCCGCGUACAGGUGUGGUUCCAGAACCGUCGGGCUAAGUGGAGACGUCAGGAGAAGAUGGACUCCAGCUCCUUGAAGCUACACGACUCUUCCAUGCUGUCCUUCAACCGACCGCCCAUGCCCUCCAACAUGGGGCCCCUGUCCAACCCAUUACCCCUGGACCCCUGGCUGGCCUCGCCCAUGUCCAGUGCCACCCCCAUGCACACUAUCCCCGGCUACAGGGCCCCAGGGCAGGGCCCUCACCUUCAGCCUGCCUACCCCUCCCACUCCCACAGCUUCCUCAACAGCCCCCCAGUACAUGGCGUGGUGCACCAGGGGAUGGUGCAAGGAAUGCAGGGGAGGCAAAGCACGCAGUCAAUGGCCCCGCCUCCCUACCAGUGUCCCCCCAGCUUCAAUGAUAACUACCCUAUGCAUGAGAAAGUGGAACGUAGCUCCAGCAUCGCAGCGCUGAGGAUGAAGGCUAAGGAGCACAUUCAGUACUUGGAUAAAACCUGGCAGCACAUGUGAUCCAAUGGAGAGGAAAUGUUCUGUAUGAAGGCUGUCAACACGUGAUUGUGAUCACAAAAACAAAAGGACGUUCUGUAUAACAUGAAUCCCUCCACAGCCUCAUAAGGAUCUAGAUACAUUUUCUAACCUCUCUGGAUUACAACCAAAUU